AUGGGCCAAUUUUCAACAGCUGCUGCUCUGAGCAAUGUGGCCACAGCAUAUGCCCAGACCAUCAUUGAGUCGGGAUUGGAGUUUGAUGUCCUGUUUGGUCCAGCAUACAAGGGAAUUCCACUUGCGGCUAUUACUGUUGUCAAACUUUAUGAACUCGGUGGCGACAAGUACGCCAAUGUUGGCUACUCUUUCAAUAGAAAGGAGAAGAAAGACCAUGGAGAGGGUGGAAUGAUAGUGGGCUGUCCGCUGAAAGACAAGAGGAUCCUGAUCAUUGACGACGUUAUGACCGCCGGAACUGCCAUCAGUGAGGCGUUUGACAUCAUCAAGAACGAAAAUGGCCAGGCCAUUGGUUGCAUUAUCGCUUUGGACAGACAGGAAGUGGUCAAAGACUCCGACCAAAGCGCAACCGCUGCUGUUUCCAAAAGAUACAACGUUCCUGUUUUGUCUAUUGUCUGUCUGGACGACAUAAUUGAGAAUCUAAAGGACCAGCUCACAAAAGAGCAAUUAGACAUGAUUUUAGGGUACCGUCAGCAAUAUGUUCCUGCUACUGCUAAAUAA